AUGGCGCUUGCUAUCCUCGUCAACACAUUCGCUAUGGCUGUGACGCUGCACGGCACGCCUCAGUCUCGCUCUCCGCUCGUGAACUGGUUUGCCAUUGAGGCCGGCAUCCCCUUCACGAUGGCGCCGCCACGGCCGUCCAACCACCCGUUCGAUCAGGCGCCUGCCACUGCCACCGUCCCAUUCCUGACCGAUGACGGCGGUGUCGAGGUCUUCGAGAGCGGCGCGUGCCUCCUCUACCUCGCCGACAAGUACGCGAGCUCGUCCGCGGAGGAGCGCGCCGCUUGGACGCCGUGGGCAUUCGACUAG